AUGGGUUAUUUAGUUAAGAGCAUUCUAAUUAAUUAUAAUGAAAUGGAAAGCACAUGGCACAAAUUUAAGGAAAACUACAUGGGAAUUGAAGAUAUAGGAAUAAUUUACUUGUCAACUGUUUUUAUAUUGCUUUCUUGCUAUUUAUUAAGAAGAUAUUUUUCUGAGAAUUUUAUUAACUUAAUAAAAAUUUUAAAAUGCGGACUGUCUAUUGUAAUUGCCUUGAUGAGUUUGAAACAUUUAAACUUAAACAUCAAAUUAGGUAUUAAUUUGUUUCACUUUUAUAAUAUUUUACAAUUAUGUAAUUUCUUAGAAGCAAUUAGUACCCAUAAUAAAAAAAGUAAUAGUAAAUCAGGUGAAGAAAGCAAAAUAAUUAACAAGUAUGAAGCAAGCAUUGAAAAUGAAUAUGAAUAUGAAUUAAUUGGAGAUACGUCAAAACAUUUAGAAAAAAUUGCUAAAAAAAUUUUGAAUAAUAAAAAAAGUUUAAAAGAAAAUGAGGGAAUAUUAAAAGAAAAAGAAAUUAUAGAUGAGAUAGAAAAAAAAGAAAAAGAGGAAGAAGAAUAUAUGAAAGCAAAAAACAAUUUAAAUUCUAAGAAAAGAAGAGAGAGGCAAAAAAAGAACACUUUUUGGAUAUAUGUUUUCUUUUUACAAACAUUUUUUGUGUUCUUUUUUUAUUAUUUGUGGACUUUUAUUCAGAACUUGAUGAUUAUGAAAGUAUAUUUAACAUUACAAUUAAUUAAAUGCUUAAUAUCCUUUGUUUCCAAUUUUUUAAAAAAUAAUUCGAAUAUAAAAUUAUUAAAAAGAAUAACACAUGUACUUGAUAUUGCUUAUAUGAUAUGGAUAAGUAUAUUUUUUACAAAAAUUUCUUAUAUAUCAAAUAAUUCAAGUUUAAUACAAAAGUUUGCUACUUUUUCUAUAGUUCUUCAUGUAUUUUAUGCGCAUAUGCUUUUUUCUAAUUAUUUAUAUUUGUAUCAUAAGCAGUUUAGAUCUUCUUUAUUUACAUUUAUUUUAUUUUUUCAUGCAUUUGCUGUAAUUGGUAUGAUCAGAAUUUAUUAUCAUAGUUAUGGAAAGUCUCUAUUAAUUCAGUGCAUAGUAUUUUAUUUAAUAAAUGGCUUCGGAAUAACAUUUGGGGCACAUCGAUUAUGGUCUCAUAGAGCCUUUAAAGCUAGUCGAAUUGUACAGUUUAUAUUUUUGAUUUUAAAUAGCUUUGCAAAUCAAGGUAGUGUAAUAGUUUGGUCAAGAAACCACCGUUUACAUCAUAAAUAUAGUGAUACAAAAUAUGAUCCUCACAACAUAAGAUAUGGUUUUUUUUAUAGUCAUGUUGGAUGGUUACUAUAUCAGAAAACCAAAUAUGUGAAAGAAAAAGAAAAAGAAAUUUAUAUUGAUGAUUUAUUACAGAACCCUUUACUUGUAUUACAGCACAAAUUGGAUCCUUAUUUUAAUUUAUUCUUUUGUUUUAUUGUACCUGGUAUAUAUUCUUAUUUUAUGUAUAACAAUUUUUGGGAUGGAUUUUUUAUUUUAGGAGCUCUUCGAUGGAUAAUUACUUUACAUGCUACAUGGUCUAUUAAUAGUGCCUCUCAUUCAUUUGGUCAUAGGCCGUAUAAUAUUGAUAUAAAACCAUCUAAUAAUAUUUUUACUUCUAUUGUAGCAUUAGGGGAAGGAUGUCAUAACUACCAUCAUGUUUUUCCUUACUGCUAUGCUAUGAAUGAAAAUUUUUACAUUCUUAGUAUCAAUCCUACUAAAUAUUUGAUAAAUUUCUUUUAUUAUUUAGGAUUAGUAUGGGAUUUAAAGUCCGCGCAAAAUAUAUGUAAAGAAGUUAGAUUAAGAGAAGGUUUAAAAUUAGAGAAGAGAAACAAAUUAUUAAGUGAAAAUAUUAAAAAUGAAAUAAUGAAAAAAGAGGAUACUAGUUAUAUAACGGAGUUAAUGAAUUCUUUUAAAGCUUUUUGCAAUGAUUAUAUAAGCAUUUCAACAUUUAUGUACAUUUUAUACUUUUUAAGAGAUAUUAUAAUUAUGAUUACUAUAUUUUUAAUUCACUUAUGGUAUUGUUAUAAUAAAUAUGGAAAUGGAACUAUGUUUUCUAAAUUUUCGGAAAAAUUUACUUUAGAAAGUAAUAAUAUAUGUUCUGUUUCCCUUUUCAUUUUUUUUCAUAUCAUUUUAUAUACCUUACCUAUGGGAACUAUGUUUGCAAGUAUCUAUUCAUUAGUUUAUGAGUGCAAAAGAGAGCUACUUUUUGAGAAACCAUUUUUCAACCAUUUUUUUGGUAGUAUUAUUUCCUCCUUUAUUUUAUUACCUUACAGUUCAGAAAAAACAAAAAAGCCAUUGCUUGCAUCAUUGAAUGAAGAUUUUCUAAAACUUUUAAAAGGCCCUAUAUAUUUUGACUUAUACACUUUGAUAUUUUCCUUUUUCUUGGUAUUUUAUGGAAUGGCUUCUUAUGUGUUUGGAUAUUUUUAUUUCUUUAUAUUUGUUAUAAGCCCUUACAUUGUAUUUAAUAUGUGGUUAUUGAUAUACAUUUAUUUAUUAAAAAACCCCCCGUUCUUGCAAAUGGAUAUAAACACAAAAGAUGUAGAUAUAGGUGUUUUAAAUUACGUUGCUUUUCAAUCUCUUCUUGAGUGGAAAAAAAAUAAUUCUAUUUAUCAGAGUAAAAAAAGAUUAUACAAAUUAAUUUUUUCAUUUAUAAAUUUCAUACAUCAUCAUUUAUGCUAUACACAUGUUGUGGAGUUUAUAAAUUCAAAAAUACCUAGUUAUAGAACCAAAGAAAUAUAUAAGCAUUUUGAUAAAACAUUAGAUCAAUAUUAUGGGUUACGUAAUGAUAAAUUUAUGGAAAUAUUGAAGGAAUUUUUAUAA